CAUAGAAUUUGUCAAUUGUGAUUGUUUAUUUAUAUUGGGUUAUUGGAAGUUUCUUCUCUUUCUUCCUUUUUCUUCUCCUUUUUAAUGAUCAUUGAUCAUUGUAUUUAUGUAGGAAAUUUUUAAGUAUAUCAGAACGUCUUUAAAAGAUUCAAAUUUUUUGCUUUUGAUGAAAUUGUUUUAGAGGGGUAAUUCUUCUCUUUGAUGCAUUACAUUGAUCAUUGAAUCAUUGGUGUUGGUUGCAUUGUGUUUUCUUUUUGGUGAAGGUAUAUGGGUGGUUUAGAUUGGCUAAAGCUCCAUUUAAAAAAAAAAUUGACCCGCUAGGGAGAGAAGAAAUGGGGUUAUACCAUAUGGGUGAUUUCAGUUUUCUUGGAUAUUUAUAGAAGAAAAAGUGUGAGAAUUAAGAGUAGUUUGAGAUGGGAAAUUGCAUCUGGGGGUCUCAAUCGGCUGAAGUUGGAAAUGAGGAUAAAAAGGAAAUUGACAAUGAAGCUGAUCAGUCUGAAAGUAAAGAGGCAGAAGCUGCUUCUGUGCAAAACCAGCCCCCGGAAGAAAUGAAGAUUUCUCACCCUCAAAGACUUAAUUCCAAACCAUCACAGCUUGCAGCAUAUAACAAGGAAGAGAGUAAGAUUGAGCCUGGAAAACCCCGGAAGGCCCAUAAUGUUAAGAGGCAGUCAUGUGCAGGGCUGCAGGUAGAGUCAGUUUUACAAACCAAAACAGGCCAUUUGAAGGAAUACUAUAACUUGGGGAAGAAGCUAGGGCAGGGCCAGUUUGGGACAACUUUUCUUUGUGUGGAGAAAGGUACCGGGAAGGAGUUUGCUUGUAAAUCUAUCGCUAAAAGGAAGCUGACAACUCAUGAUGAUGUGGAUGAUGUGAGGAGAGAAAUUCAGAUAAUGCAUCACUUGGCAGGACACCCUAAUGUUAUCUCCAUUAAAGGGGCUUAUGAGGAUUCCGUGGCAGUUCAUGUUGUCAUGGAGUUGUGUGCAGGGGGAGAACUCUUCGAUAGGAUUGUAAAGAGAGGGCAUUACACUGAAAGAAAGGCAGCAGAACUAGCAAGGACUGUAGUUGGUGUUAUAGAAGCCUGCCAUUCCAUGGGAGUAAUGCAUAGGGAUCUUAAGCCUGAAAAUUUUCUUUUUGUGAAUGAGGAGGAGGAUUCGCCACUUAAAGCCAUUGAUUUUGGAUUAUCGAUAUUCUUCAAGCCUGGGGAUAUCUUCUCUGAUGUCGUUGGAAGCCCAUACUAUGUUGCACCUGAGGUUUUGCUUAAGCAUUAUGGUCCAGAAGCAGAUGUGUGGAGUGCUGGCGUGAUCAUUUACAUUCUCUUAAGUGGGGUGCCUCCUUUUUGGGGUGAAACUGAACAAGAAAUAUUUAAUGAGGUUCUGCAUGGUGAUCUUGACUUCACAUCUGAUCCCUGGCCUAGUAUCUCUGAAAGUGCAAAAGAUCUAGUGACAAAAAUGCUAGACCGAGAUGCCAAAAAGCGGAUAACUGCUUACGAAGUACUACGCCACCCUUGGGUUCAGGUUGAUGGGGUGGCUCCAGACAAGCCACUUGACUCUGUAGUCUUAAGCCGCUUGAAGAAAUUUUCUUCAAUGAACAAACUCAAGAAAAUGGCUUUUAGAGUCAUUGCCCAGAGACUUUCUGAAGAAGAAAUAGCCGGGUUGAAGGAAAUGUUCAAGAUGAUAGACACAGAUAAUAGUGGUCAAAUCACCUACGAAGAACUCAAAGAUGGAUUGAAAAGAUUUGGUGCUAAUCUUGAUGAGUCAGAAUUUCAUGCUCUAAUGCAGGCUGCAGACGUUAAUAAUAGUGGUACAAUUGAUUAUGAAGAGUUCGUAGCUGCAACAUUGCAUCUAAACAAGGUUGAGACGGAAGAUAAUCUCUUGGCAGCCUUCUCAUAUUUCGACAGAGAUGGCAGCGGCUACAUCACUCGAGAUGAGCUUCAAAAAGCUUGUCAAGAGUUUGGUAUUGAGGAUAUCCGCCUGGAUGAAAUGAUGCGAGAAGUCGAUCAGGACAAUGAUGGCCGGAUAGAUUACAAUGAAUUUGUGGCCAUGAUGCAGAAAGACAAUCUUGAAUUUGGUAAGAAAGGUCAAGGUUUUACCAUUGGAUUUAGGGAGGCUUUGCCAGUUUGUUGA